AUGUCGUCGAAGAUAGGCAGCGUCGUGUCCGGCCUCGUCAGCCGGCGGAGCUACAGCGGCGUCUACGCGAGGGCGGUGACUGUUCAACAAGCCUCUGCUGCUGCGGCAGUGGCGACGGCGAAAACGGACGUCGCGGUAGCGGAUGCGUCGAGGGCAACGAAGAAGCAGGACAAGUUCUGGAUGAGAGACCCCAAGACGGGCUGCUGGGUCCCGGAGAACCGGUUCGAAGAGGUCGACGUCGUCGAGCUCCGCAACCGGAUGAUCCACCGCAAGUGA